AUUGUCAUUUAACAAUGUGAUGAUGUUAACUCAGUAAGACGGAGUUAACAAUGGCUUCCUAUAGCCCGAAGCUUUCAGAAAAGAAAUACAAUAACUGGGUUAAAGCUCAGUUAGCAUUGUUGUUUACUAAAGACGGACUUGAACCUUUUGUGUGUCAUGAAGUUCAAGAAUUCCAGUUAAAAUGUUUAGAUGAUAUUUGGUACAGCAAUGGAUUGAUGAGUGGAACUUUGUGUUCAAAUUGCUGUACGGAAAAUGUUAUCAAAUGUCCAACAAAUAAAAUAUGCAAUGUUGGACGUGGAAAAUGCAGUUAUCAUCGAAAUGCUGUAACAAAGUAUAAACCUGCCGGCUGCCCUAACAAAAUAUGUCAUAAUUUUGCAACAGAGAUACAGAAUGCACAUAGGUAUUAUGGUCCAUCGUACAAAAACACUGAUGCUACCCAGUGGUGUACUAAUUUCUGGGAAGUGGUGAAAUGCUUUAUGCCCCCAGAUGGGUAUAAAGAUAAAGCAUCUGCAACAGAAACAGACUUCAAUGGUAUAAUCAGCGUUAUACUCAAUUACAAAGACUUCCAGGGUAAAAUAUACGAAAACCUCAAUAAUAAGACGAAUAUGUUUGAGGAGGCAAGAGAAAUUGGAAGAAAAGUGCGACAUUCAUCAACACUUGAAGUAGAGGAUAAAGAUCUUCAGAAAUACUUCAAACUUUUACAGAAACUUCUUUCUGAUCAAGGGUAUUUAGCUACAGACACGCAUGCUCAGAAUGCUAAACAAAAACUGACAGAGUUAGAAAAUGACACUUUAGUCAUUGGUAAAGAUGAUAUAAGAAAAGUACUAGACGAUGUGGCAAAAGUAAUACAGGACAAGAUGAAGGCUGGAUUAGAUCAGCAAUAUGACAGAAUUAAACUAGAUAUGAUAAAAAGAAAACAAGAAGAUUUCCAGUCUCUUCAGUCACAAAUCGCUGAGGGAGUGACACAAUUAAAGGAUGGAUCUGAUGCUUCUGUUAAAAGACUAAAUGAAGAAGGGGACAAAGAAGUUGGGAAAAUUCAUGAACAAGGAGAAAAAAGACGAGCAGACCUGGCUGAAUUAGGAGAAACGAUACACAAAAGACUGAAAACAGCAAGUAAAGACGAGAAAGAAAAACAAUAUAUUGAAUUUAAACAAAAACUGAAGGUUGAACUUAUAACAUGGUACAACACCAAUCAGAGUACAGUUCCUCUUUCACCACUCACAGAUGAUUCACAUACCCCACUAGCUGGGUUCUACAUUAUGCCAGAUAUUGACAUACAGACGAAUCUUCCAGGUGGUAGGAAAGAAACAACAAGAGUCAAGUCGUUACAGGACUUGUUUACACCCAGAAAAAAGGUUUCACAGGAAAUAUAUUUAUCAGCGGUCGCUGGAUUUGGGAAAACAUCUUUUUCAAAAUAUCUCGCUAUAACAUGGUGUCAAGCCCAUAAAAAGGAUGAAAAUUAUAAGCAUUUUAAAGAAAAAGAAUUAGAGGCUUUAUCUGGCUUUGAGUUUUUGUUUCUAGUGAUUUUAAGAGAUUCAGCUAAAUUCUGUGAUGUCGACGACAUGAUUGAACAACAAGUCAUACAAUAUCUACCGUGCUCAUCUUCAAUGCCGAAAGAGUUUUUGAAGGGCCUUUUAAGUUCUAUUUUACGUGAUGAAAAAUGUCUUGUUAUAUUAGAUGGACUAGAUGAAUGGAGUCAUCCUGACAACGAUUGUACAAAACUUCCUAAAAGUAUUCCACAUCGAUAUACACGUGAAAAGUGUGUGAUUCUGACAACGACCCGGCCAUGGAAGCUUGGAGUCUCAAAUUUGAAGACUUAUCAAAUAGACAAAACAGUGGAGCUAGUUAAACUAGAUAAACACAAUGUAAGGCAGUUUAACUUAAACGCAAUUAAAAUAUUAAAAGGCAAAAUUGAAGAAGAAAAACUGAACUAUGAAGUUUGUAGAUUUGAAAAGGAAAUUAGAAACCAUGACCUUGAGGAUAUGGAAUCUACCCCUCUCCUGUUACUCUAUCUUAUAUGUUUAUGGAUUGCAAAAAUUCCAAUAGGUAAUUCCGCAGCAGAAUUAUAUACAGGCAUUAUUCAGCUCCUUUUAUCUAGAACAGAAAAGUUACAUGGAACGUUUCAUUCUUCGUGCAAAACUUGUCUGAGUAACAUCCCUGAAUGUUUCAGAAAACAUAAACAUUUUUCUCGUUACUACACGUUUCUGGUGACCAUUGGGAAACUGGCUUUUUAUACAUUGUUCAGCAAGAAAAAGGAGCACACAUUAGUUUUUGAUGAAAAUGUUGCUGAAAACUAUCUCAACCAAGAAGAUUUGAAAUCAAGCUGUCUAGCAGGAAUAUUAUCAGAAAGUAAAGUGAAAACAUUAAUAAAUGAAAGUUCUAAAAUCUCAUUUUCACAUAAAACAGUGCAAGAAUUCUUUUCAGCAAUAUUUAUAAGCUUUCAAAAUACAAAGGAAGUUCAGAAAAUCAUCUUUGAAGAGUGCAACUGUUUACAAAAUAUUCUAGACAUGUCAAAAGUGUUUGUCUUCAUUAGUUACAUGAACCCUAAAUUAUUGUCUACAAUAUCAAGUGAUUUGAUGCCUGUGAUAAACAAUGAUGACAAAGUAAGCAAAUACAGAACUAUGACAUAUCAUGAUCGCAUGAACAAAUUGGGAUUGAUCGAGAUACCAGUGUCACAAUUAAACAUGGAUGUAUCGUUGUUAGAGAGAUGUACUGUAGCUAAAUUAUAUAAACCUGGUGUUAUGUCAUCUUAUCUCAGUCAACUAUCAGCAGCCAGUAAACUACAAACAUUUGAGUGUGGUCGUCUAGAAUCUGCCAGUGACAUAGAAUCAAUGUUACAAACAAUAUCAUUGUUGCAUCAUUUGAAAGAUGUUGUGUUGUAUGAAAUCAAUCUAGGUGAAAGAUCAUUAACACUGUCACCUCAAAUGAUCAAUAUUGAACGUGUUCUCUUGUUGUAUAUAACAAUGUCUUGUUCAGUGUUACAUGAUCUCAUUACUGUUAUAAACAACCUUCCACAUACAGUGGAAGUUUAUAUGAGAAAUU